AUGACUGUCCUGACCGGCUUGAAGCCGCUCCUCCUCUUCGGUGGCUACGCCGCUGCCGCCUCUAUCGGUCUUCCCGUCAAGCUCGAGACCCGCUCUGCGGUCACUUCUCGUCUUGCUAACGUCCACUACACUGCUGAGCGGUCCAUCGACGGCCCCGUGACCAUCACUUAUGGCUCUUGCUCGUCCUCUUCUCCUCUGGAGGCUCACCACGUCGUGGGUGAGACUGAGAUCUCCAAGGGCUGUGCCAAGCGUCUGGUCUGGGUUCUCCCUGAGAUCACCGAGUCUGGCGGCUGUUUGUCGGCCUGGAACUCUGCUGGCACUCUAGUCGGCAGGAGUGUGCCUCAGCAGCUGGAGAACCGCCAUCUGCGUCGUGCUCAGAAGCGUGCUGAGAGCAUCCCUAUGGACAGCACAACGGGUGUUGAGACCCUCGGCCCCUGGUUCGACGGCGUUGCUGCGCUGCAGAACAAGCAGCCGGGCCCUGUCGACGUCGAGGAGGCCAAGAGCAAGCAGGUCGCCAUCAUCGGCGCCGGCAUGUCCGGUCUGAUGAGCUACCUGGUUCUGACCCAGGCCGGCAUGAAGAACGUGACCAUUCUCGAGGCCAGCCAGCGCUUGGGUGGCCGUGUCCACACCGAGUACCUCAGUGGCGGUCCUUUUGACUACUCUUACCAGGAGAUGGGCCCCAUGCGCUUCCCUGUCACCUACCAGGACCCCGAGACCAAAGAGAAGAUCAACAUCACCGACCACCAGCUCGUCUUUCAGCUGGCUGAUGAGCUCAACAAGCUGAACGGCUACGACAAGAACCUCACCGUUGAGUUUAUCAAGUGGGUACAGAGCAACCCCAAGGGCCUCGUCUACAAGAAUGGCUUUAAGCUGCCCAGUGGUUUGCCCCCGACUGUCGAGCAGAUCCGUGCCGACCCCUCACUGAGCACGCCCGCUAAGGCCCAGGAAGAAUCGGUGAAGGCUCUGUCCGAGGAGCUGGAGGCGGCCAUGCCUGAUGAGAGCUUUUACACUCUGAUCGCCAAGAACAUGUUCAAGGCUCACAAGGAGUGGACUGAGAACGGUCUCAAGGGCCUCGGCGGCGACACUUGGUCCGAGUUUGCUUACCUCAUGUACCACCUCAACGCAACUCUCAAGGACGUCGAUGCCCUCGGCGCUCUGAACAGCCACGGCUCCAUCUGGGCUGAGCUCUACGAGGGUCUCUACUUCAGCGCUGUCGACUGGGUUACCAUCGAUGGUGGUCUCAACCGUCUUCCUCUUGCCUUCGCUCCUCACGUGGCGAAGGACACGUACAUGGGCCGUAAGAUUGAGCGCAUCCAGUACACCAACGACUCCAAGGUGCAGCUUGUCUGGCGCGAUGUCAGCUCGAGGCCCGUUAAGAGCGUUGGUCUAGAUACCAGUCGUGAUCUGAAGAAUGCUACCUUCGACUAUGCCAUCGUCGGCGCUCCCUUCUCGGUUGUUCGCAGCUGGCGUUUGCCUUCUCUUCCGACUCCUAUCACCAACGCUAUUAACCGCCUGCCGUACCAGGGUGCCUGCAAGGUUGCCCUUGAGUACAGCGAGCGCUUCUGGGAGAAGGCUCCGUAUGGCAUCUUCGGUGGCUGCAGCACCAGCACCGACAUUCCCGGAGUGGGCAGCAUCUGCUACCCAAGCUACAACUUCAACGGCACCGGCCCCGCCACCCUUCUGGCCUCCUACACGCAGGUCGGCUGGGUUGAGUCGCUGAGUGAGGAGGAGCACGUCAAGUACAUACUCGACGCUAUCACCGAGAUCCACGGCGAGGAGACCCGCAAGCUCUUCACCGGACGCUACGACCGCCGCUGCUGGAACCACGAUCCUCUUCAGGCUGGUGCCUGGGCCAACCCUACCAUUGGCCAGCACCAGAUGUACAUUCCAGAGUACUUCAAGACUUACGGUGGGCUCAUCUUCGUCGGCGAGCACACAUCCUACACCCAUGCCUGGAUUGCCGCCGCUCUUGAGUCCGGUAUCCGUGGCUCUGUGCAGCUGCUUCUGGACCUCGGUCUGGUCGACGAGGCUAAGGCCGCUGUCAACAAGUGGAUGGCGCGCUGGAUCGACAUCUAA